CUUCCGGCGCCCGGGACCCUCUCCCACGCCACCUGGUGCGGACACAGGCCUCGCGGGGUCUCCAUUCCACCUCGUGACUCCGGGUGGAGGCCCAGAAGUGUCCGGCCAACUUUCCCCGAAGCGGGAGUCGACUCGAAGCCGGGUCCCUCCAUGGCCGUGACAGCGCCGCGCGGGACGUGAGCGCGCACAGGGCUGGCUUCCCCGCAGCCCCGCUCGGCCCGGCCCGCAGAUGUCGCUGCCUCUCCGGAUGCCCUACUGCUCUCCCGCGCGGCGGCUGCGCGCCAUGCUCCUGUUCCCCUACUUCCGUGCCCCGGUCACUCCCCCGCCGUCCCCAGCCUGUGCGCAGGAGCCCGACUCGGAAUCCGAAGGUGGCACCCAGGAGAGCUACGCGGAGGAGGAGGCUUGGCUCUACUCCAGUGGCCACUGGGGGCUUGUGCGGAGGGGCAGCGUGGGCGCCAUCCCGCAAGGCUGGGCGUGGCCGGGCCCUCCGAGUGUCCAGCAAGCGCCACAGCCGCGGCACUUGCCCCCACCUCCGCCCUCCGCGGGCCUGGCGCCUUCCCCUGACACCUCCCCGAUCGCCGUGUCUUGGCGCUCGCAGUCCAUCCGCCCCUUGGUGCUGGGCCAUCGGCCCUCGCUAGCGCAGGGCCCUCGGCGAGCCAAGGAGCGCCAGCCCGGAACUGCAAGCGCGGGAGGGAAGGAGCCCGAGCCUAGGGUGAACAGCCAGAAUGAGCGGCGCUUGAGAAGCGUGGAGGAGCCCACACCUGCUCUCCCGGUUCCCCGAACUUUGGCCUUCAGAGGGGUCGCUAGUCGCAGCCUGUGUUUGGGGAAGAGAAGUGGGAAGCUGAGCAAGCCUGCCAGCACCUCGCCAGAAAGAUAUCAGGGAAGCUGCCGAAGAGUGACCCUAGAGUUCAAAGGAGCGGAAAAGCCUAGAUGAACUAUGACAAAGAUGCAUCAAAGAAUCCUAAAGCAAUAGAGCUUUUUAUACCUCCCUACCCCCUCCUAGCUCAGAGAGGAAGACCAA